AUGACCACCACCAACACCGCCUCCUCCUCCCUACAACUCACCGUUUCCUCACCUCCAAAGAAACCCCAACCCAUCCCAUGGACCCACCAAGAAACCCUUAACCUCAUCCGAGCCUACCAAGAAAAAUGGUACUCCCUCAAACGCGGCCCACUCCGCGGCAGUCAGUGGGAAGAGGUCGCCGUUGUCGUCGCUGCCCGAUGCGGUUACGAUUACAAUCAUCCAUCUAAAACCGCCCUCCAAUGUCGUCACAAGAUGGAAAAACUCCGUCAACGUCACCGAUCUGAAAAGCACCGCCUCACCGUUACUUCCUCCGCUGCCUCUACCCGAUCCUGGCAGUAUUUUCGCCUCAUGGACGAUCUCGAACGCGGUCCUCUCCCUAUCUCCGUUCGAGUUCUUCCUCACGAGAACAACAACUAUAGCGAUGGUGAGAGAGGGAACAAUCAAAAUCAGAGUGCUAGGUCAAGGAGUAUUCAUAAUAUUCUUCACCAGAAACCUGAUGAUGAUGAGGAGGAGGAAGAGGAAGGAGCGAUGGCGACGGAGUUGACGGCGGAGUUGAGAAAUUUUGCGGAGAGGAUAGUUGGACUGGAAAAUAUGAAGAUGGAGAUGAUGAAGGAAACAGAGAGGUUUAGGUUAGAGAUGGAGAAUAAGAGGAUUCGUAUGAUACUUGAAUCUCAGUGGAGGAUUAUUGAUUCCAUUGGAAGGGUUUUUAGAUCUUCCUAA